CGGGUGAGGGGGAGCCAGGGUGAAGGGGCCCACGAGUGCCGGGAGCCCAGGUGACCGCGCGGGAGCCCAGGUGAGAGGCCAGGAACCCACGUGAGAGGCCAGGAACCCACGUGAGGGGCAGCCCAGAUUGAAGAUGGAUACCUGACAAUCCCAGGGAUCACUUCACGGACAUCAUUUUCGUGGACAAGAUUGUGUAGGGCCCAGGCUGUGUUGGCCCCAGGACUCCUUCAGAAUACAGCUGAGGACGAUGAAUCCUGCGAGCAACGGGGGCACAUCAGAGAGCAUUUUUGACUUGGACUAUGCCUCCUGGGGGAUCCGCUCCACGCUGGUGGUUGCUGGUUUUGUCUUCUACCUGGGCGUCUUUGUGGUCUGCCACCAGCUGUCGUCCUCCCUGAAUGCCACGUACCGUUCUCUGGUGGCCAGAGAGAAGGUCUUCUGGGACCUGGCGGCCACGCGUGCAGUCUUUGGUGUUCAGAGCACGGCUGCAGGCCUGUGGGCCCUGCUGGGGGACCCUGUGCUUCAUGCCGACAAGGCACGUGGCCAGCAGAACUGGUGCUGGUUUCACAUCACAACAGCAACGGGCUUCUUUUUCUUUGAAAAUGUCGCAGUCCACCUGUCCAGUUUGGCCUUCCGAACAUUUGACCUGUUUCUGGUUGUCCACCAUCUCUUUGCCUUUCUCGGGUUUCUCGGCUGCUCAGUCAAUCUCCAAGCUGGCCACUAUCUGGCUAUGACCACGUUGCUCCUGGAGAUGAGCACUCCCUUUACCUGCAUUUCCUGGAUGCUCUUAAAGGCGGGCUGGUCUGAUUCUCUGUUCUGGAAGCUCAACCAGUGGCUGAUGAUUCACAUGUUUCACUGCCGCAUGGUCCUGACCUACCACAUGUGGUGGGUGUGCUUCUGGCAUUGGGAUGGCCUGGUCAGCAGCCUGUAUCUGCCUCAUUUGGCACUCUACCUUGUUGGACUGGCUCUGCUUACACUAAUUAUUAAUCCAUACUGGACCCAUAAGAAGACUCAGCAGCUUCUCAAUCCGGUGGACUGGAACUUUGCACAGCCAGAAGCCAAGAGCAGGCCGGAAGGCAACGGGCAGCUGCUGCGGAAGAAGAGACCGUAGCUGCUCCAGCCGGGGUUCCCGGGGCUCCUGGGGCUCCCAGGCCCCAGCCGGUCGGCACACAGAUUCUGGGAAGUUUGGUGAAUAGUGGCUUUUGAAUUAAUGAGGCAGUGAAUGUUUUGUUUUUAAUUCUAAGGGAAAUACUAACUUUAUUUCUCAUUAGCAUUAAUUUUGAAGUAGCUACAAAGUCUUUUUAAGAAAUAAUAAUUUUGCGACUGUCCUGACUGGUGCUGUAAGUUGAGCCUCUGGACCAUGUCAGGCAUUUAGGAGAGGAGUCCGUGGCAUCCAGGCACCUGCUGAGGAGGGGGUGGCCUUGUCCGAAUGCUGGAAAUGGCUUCAUAGUGAAGUGCCUCCCGCUGGGGGGGUGGGUCAGCGUUGAUUUUCCAGCCACACACUCACAUGCUGUGUGUCUUAUCAGAAGUCACAUUCUUUUCAGCUGGAGAGAAUUGGGCUAAAAUAGAAAAUAAUAUGACUUGUUCCUUGUUAAAAUUUCCCAUGGUAUGAAAUUCUAGGCUGGGCACGGUGGCUCACACCCAAAGUAAUCCCAGCACUUAUGGAGGCUGAGGCAGGUGGGUCACUUGAGGCCAGCCUGACCCACAUGAUUAAACCCUGCCUCUACUAAAAAUACAAAAGUUAGCUGGGUGUGGUGGUGCAUGCCUACAAUCCCAGCCACUCAGGAGGCUGAGGCAAGAGAAUCGCUUGAACCCAGGAGGCGGAGAUUGCAGUGAGCUGAGAUCAAGCCAUUGCACUUUAGCCUGGGAACAGGGCAAGACUCUCUC